UGUUCCUACGAAGACGUGAAUUCAGUGCCCGAUUAUAUCACACAAGUUAUCCCUUAUUUUGUUUCACUUAUAUUUAUUGAACAAAUUAUCGCUUUUGUCAAUGGAUUUCGUGUCAUACAAGUGAGUGAUGCAAUCGCUUCUCUAUCGCAAGGAAUCGCAAUGGAAUUGUCGAAAUCAUUAUUUAAAGGCUUAGCCAUAAUGUCUUACAUUUAUAUCUAUCAAAACUGGAGGAUUUGUUCGCUUGAAUGGCAAAACACGAGCACUUGGAUCAUAGCAUUUAUUGCCGUCGAUUUUGGUUUUUAUUGGAUUCAUCGAUUCACUCAUGAAAUAAACGUGUUAUGGGCCGCACAUCAGGUUCACCACAGCUCUCAACAGUAUAACCUGACCACAGCUCUAAGACAAUCAUAUAUACUCAACACUCCGAGUCAUCAUCGCGUACAUCACGGAAGAAAUGAGUACUGCAUUGACAAGAAUUAUGGAGGAGUUCUCAUUAUAUGGGACCGACUUUUUGGCACUUUUCAAAUGGAAACGGAUUGUGUAUCUUAUGGGUUAACGAAAAACAUCCAUACGUUUAAUCCGUUCACUAUUCAAAUGCAUCACUAUUUUAAUAUUUAUCACAAAUUUAACCAUGCUCAAGGAUUUACAAAUAAGUGGAACACUUUGUUUGCGGGUCCGGCCUGGGAGGGGGCAACUGCUGACGGGCCCAAACAUGAGCAGCAAACUAGUGAAUCGCCAGAUAUUGAAUAUGAUCCACAAAUUCCC